ACAAACUACACUAAAGAUGAAGUUGGGCUUCUUUUGGAUCACCAUAUUGUUGAGUGUUUUCUUGAAAGUGUCCGUUGCUGCUAAUUGGAGUCCUCAAGAUUAUGAAAUUUUCAGUUUAAAUGACAAGAUUAAACAAGAUAUUGGUCAGGAUGUUACAUUCUACUCCUGGUUGGGAUUAUUACAAGGCCCUAAGUCCACAUUGCAAGAAAUUACCAAAGCCUAUAGAAAGAAAUCACGUCAGUUGCAUCCGGAUAAGUUCGCGGGGAAUAAGAAAUUGAAGAAGACUGUUGAAGAAAGAUUCCAAAGAUUGUCUUUGGUUGGUAACAUCUUGAGAGACCAAUCAUUACGCAGACGUUACGAUUACUUCCUUGAUAAAGGAUUUCCUAAAUGGAAAGGCACUGGUUACUUCUACUCUAAGUUCCGUCCUGGUUUGAUUUUAACUAUUGGUGUUGUUUUUAUUUUAGUCGGAACUCUUCAUUAUAUCUCAUUGAAGAUCAAUAGAAAACAAGACUAUAAACGUAUUGCUACUUUGAAAGAUCAAAUAAAGACUCAGGCUUGGGGUUCACAGUUCCCUCCAUCGGACGGAUCAGACAGGAAAGUAAUGAAUGAAGCAACAGGCAAGCAAUUUCUCAUCUCUGCUCAAGGAGUUGUUAACUUGAUCGAAACGGAUGAAAAUAAUCAACAGUUCUUGAUUCCAAUUGAUGAGUCUGAAAUUAACGUGAACCCUGGCUUCAAAGAAUCUUUGUUUUUCAAGCUUCCUUGUAAUUUAUGGAAUCUUACUUUAGGUAAACUUACUGGUAAAGUAAUUGAUACAACUGUUGUUUUCGACAAGCCUGAGACUACAAUUUCAGCAGAACAAACAGAAACCUUGAAGAAAUCCAAGAAGAAAGCACAUAAAGGCGAUAAAAAGGAGCUUCCAAAUGGUAAAGUUCUUUACGGAAGACCUUCAAAUAAAGCAAGAAAUAGGAAACAAAAAUAAAAUCUAAAACUGCUAUCUUUAAAUAUGUAAUUAAAUAUAUAAGCUAGAGAAUUUAU